AUGAGGAAGGCAAAUGGAUCAAGGGACAAGGGCUACUCUUAUUCAAUAGGGGCAUGCUCAAUCGAUGCAGCCGAAGCUUGGGCACUCCUUAAGGGAAUCCAGUUAGCAGCUUCUUUAAGGUUGGAAAGGGUCUGUUUUGAAACCGACUCCUUGAACAUAGUUAAGGCAAUCAAUCAGAACGGGACUGUCGACAAUGUUACAAGGAACAUACUACAUGCAUGCAGCCGAGAGCUUAACAAAAUUGCCAUGUGGACAAUCUCCUUUGCUCCGAGAGAACAGAACCGUGCCGCAGACUGCCUAGCCAAAGAAUUUAAUCAUUCAAACGGCCUGAAGAUUUUCGACACAACGCCGGAGGUCAUUAGCCAAAUCCUAGAGGAAGACAGAGUUGGGCUACCAGUUUGGAGACAGCUAGAUAGUCCCUUAUUGUAA